GCCACUCAGCAAGAUCUCGGCGUUCCUCCUUUGAUCAGAGUUUGCGGCAGUUCUGGGAAACAUGUUCCUGAGCGACCAGCUGUGUGGGAACGGGACGUUGUCAAAGGUCUGAUCUGACCCCACCUGGAGCAGCUCCUCCGGUUUCACUGCGGGAAUCCUGAGUGCGUCAGAACAGCUGGCCCGUAACCCGCCACGGCUGCCACAUGCGGGGGAAAUAACGUUCAAAGCGGCUUAAGGAGAUACUUUUAUGAUACACAGGGAUUGAGGAUUUGGUGGAAUAUUUGUGCAAGCUCAACCUAGGGAGUACCCGGUGUGGUUAUCUCCCUUCGCGAUGCAAAGAUGGCGAACCUGCUCCCUCCCCCAGGCAUUGCGGUCUUCCGCCCGUUCACCCAGGAAUCACUGGCGGAAAUCAAGAGGCUCGCGGAGGAAAGGAAGAAAUCAGCAGAAGCAGAAGGCCAUGACGGGGGAGAACCAGUGGUGCCACACCCUGAUCUGGAAGCUGGAAAGAGCUUACCCCUAAUAUAUGGAGACCCUCCUCCGGAGUUGCUCAACACGCCGCUGGAGGACCUGGACCCCUUCUACAAAGCCCAGAAUACAUUUGUCGUGAUCACCAAAGGGAACACGAUUUACAGGUUCAACGCUGAGCCGGCUUGUUACAUUCUCAGCCCCUUUAGUGUGAUCAGGAGAGGAUCCAUCAAAAUUCUCAUACAUUCAUUAUUUAGCAUGUUCAUCAUGAUUACCAUUCUGUCGAACUGUGUGUUCAUGACGAUGAGCAACCCACCAGCAUGGAGUAAAACUGUGGAAUAUGUUUUUACAGGAAUUUAUACCUUUGAGGCUACAGUCAAAGUGUUGUCAAGAGGUUUCUGUAUUGGUUCUUUUACAUUCCUUCGAGAUCCAUGGAACUGGCUGGAUUUCAUGGUGAUCAGCAUGGCCUACGUUACUGAGUUUGUUGACCUUGGCAAUGUGUCAGCUCUCAGGACAUUUCGUGUACUUCGAGCCCUGAAAACAAUUACCGUAAUUCCUGGCCUGAAGACCAUAGUGGGGGCUUUGAUCCAGUCUGUGAAGAAAAUGGUGGACGUCAUGAUCCUGACCGUUUUUGCCCUUGCAGUCUUUGCACUCGUUGGCCUCCAGCUUUUCAUGGGAAACCUGCGCCACAAAUGUGUGCGAUGGCCCAUUCUGAUGAACGAAGUUUUCAACACUACCAUAGCUGUAAAUGAGUCUAUGUACUCCAACAGCUCUUUUGAUUUUACGGAAUAUAUUGAAAAUCCAGAAAAUCAGUAUUUUACAGAAGGCAGCAAAGAUGCACUAAUUUGUGGCAACAGCUCUGAUGCUGGAAAGUGCCCAGAAGGAUACACUUGUAUGAAGGCUGGAAGGAACCCUAACUUUGGCUACACCAGUUAUGACUCUUUUGGAUGGGCCUUCCUUGCUCUCUUCAGGCUCAUGACACAGGACUUCUGGGAGAAUCUUUUCCAGCUGACUCUGCGAGCAGCUGGGAGGACAUACAUGCUGUUCUUCGUGGUGGUCAUCUUCCUGGGCUCCUUCUACCUCAUCAACCUCAUCCUGGCUGUGGUAGCUAUGGCUUAUUAUGAACAGAAUCAAGCAACUCAACUGGAGGCCAUCGAAAAAGAGGAAGAAUUCCAGCGGCUUUUAGAACAACUAAAAAAUCAAGAGCAGCAGGCACAAUUUCAUGGAAGCCAAGCCACCUUGACCAGUAAGAAGUCUGUGAGUCAACACACAUUAUCAGAGAUGGAAGAUAAUGGACAUGGUCUCAAACAGGGUGAGGCUGUGAAUGACUGCAAUGGAAGAGUUGUUCCUCGCUUGAUGAUUCGAGCACCCACUAUGGAGGAGUCUGCUAUAGAUUAUGAAGUCAAAGAGAAGUCACUGGGCUCGAUACACAGCACACUUCAUCUGGAAGAACCUGGCUUGAAAAAGAGAUCUGCUAGUGCUGCGACAGUGUUGUCUGCAGUUGCCAUGGAAGAGUUGGAGGAGGCUCAGAGGCCCUGUCCACCUUGCUGGUACAAAUUUGCAGACAUGUUUUUGAAGUGGGAUUGCUGCCCCACCUGGAUUGUUUUUAAAAAGUGGAUGCACUUUGUGGUCAUGGAUCCCUUUGUUGACCUCACUAUUACCAUAUGCAUUGUGCUCAACACCCUUUUUAUGGCAAUGGAGCACUACCCCAUGACCCCGGAGUUCGACAACAUGCUCUCAGUAGGAAAUCUGGUUUUCACUGGGAUCUUUGCAGCUGAAAUGUUUUUCAAGCUUAUCGCCAUGGAUCCCUAUUACUAUUUCCAAGUUGGAUGGAACAUUUUUGACAGCAUUAUUGUAACUCUCAGCCUGGUGGAGUUGGGUCUGGCAAAUGUCCAGGGUCUGUCAGUCCUAAGGUCAUUCCGUUUGCUUCGUGUCUUCAAACUGGCAAAGUCUUGGCCCACACUCAACAUGCUCAUUAAGAUUAUUGGUAACUCAGUGGGGGCUUUGGGGAACCUGACUUUGGUGCUGGCCAUCAUCGUCUUCAUUUUCGCUGUAGUGGGCAUGCAACUCUUUGGAAAGAACUACAAGGACUGUGUAUGCAAGAUCUCCUCAGACUGUGAGCUGCCACGGUGGCACAUGAAUGACUUCUUCCACUCCUUCCUCAUCGUUUUUCGCAUUCUGUGUGGCGAGUGGAUCGAGACGAUGUGGGACUGCAUGGAGGUGGCUGGACCUGCGAUGUGCUUAAUUGUCUUCAUGAUGGUCAUGGUCAUUGGAAAUCUAGUGGUAUUGAACCUCUUCUUGGCGUUGCUGCUCAGCUCAUUCAGCGGAGACAACCUGUCAGCAGGGGAUGACGAUGGAGAGAUGAACAAUCUGCAGAUUGCUAUUGGGAGAAUCACACAAGGCAUCGAUUGGUUAAAAGCAUUUCUCAUACAGCGAAUCCAGAAAAUACUUGGUAAAAAACCCAAAGAGCCGGAUAAGGACAUAAUGGACGAUGGAAAGCCUAAAACCGAGGAAAUCGAAAUGAACCAUUUGGACGCCGGUCUGACUCUUAAAGUGGCAGAUGGGAUUUCAGAUGUCCCUGUGCAAAGCCAACCCUCUGGAUUCACGGUGGAUGGAGAGCUCAAUCUGAAAGUCCCAAUCGCUGAAGCAGAAUCAGAUUAUGAUAAUCUGAGUGAUGAUGAUGAUGAUGAUGAUGAUGAUGAUGAUGAUGAUGAUGAUGAUGAUGAUGAAGUUGAUGGUGAGCAGGAUGAUGAUGAAGAAGAUAAACUUCCAGAGAGUGCACUGCGGAGAGAUGAACAAAACACGAAAAACUUUGAAGAUGAAAGUAGUAUCCCAGAGAAAGUAAAAUAUGAUGACGGGGAUUCUUCAGUCUGCAGCACAGCUGAUUAUCAUCCUCCGGAGCCUGAACCAGAAAAGAAGGAAGAAGAGGAACCGGAACCCGAAGAGCCAGAGGCCUGUUUUACUGAUGACUGUGUGACCAAAUGGCCAUGUUUGACGGUGGAUACCACCAGUGGCAAAGGCAAAAAAUGGUGGAAUCUUAGAAAAACUUGCUUCACCAUAGUGGAACACGACUGGUUUGAAACCUUCAUCAUUUUCAUGAUCCUCCUUAGCAGUGGGGCUCUGGCCUUUGAAGAUAUAUACAUAGAAAGGCGACGAACCAUCAAAAUAAUUCUUGAGUUUGCAGACAAGGUUUUCACCUACAUUUUUGUCAUUGAGAUGCUCCUGAAAUGGGUUGCAUAUGGCUACAAGACCUACUUCACCAACGCUUGGUGUUGGUUGGACUUUUUCAUUGUGGAUAUUUCCUUGAUUAGCUUAGUUGCAAAUUGGAUGGGCUAUUCUGAUCUUGGUCCGAUAAAGUCGUUGAGAACCCUCAGAGCACUGAGGCCUCUUCGAGCGCUAUCAAGAUUUGAAGGCAUGAGGGUGGUGGUGAAUGCUCUUGUUGGAGCGAUUCCCUCCAUCUUCAAUGUCCUGCUGGUGUGUCUGAUUUUCUGGCUCAUCUUCAGCAUCAUGGGAGUCAAUUUGUUUGCGGGGAAGUUCUACCGUUGCAUCAACACCACCACAGAGGAGCUAUUCCCUAUGACUGAGGUCAGCAAUCGAACCGAGUGCUUGGCCCUUGAAGAAGCCACACAGGAGGCUCGCUGGAUUAACGUCAAAAUCAACUAUGACAAUGUUGGGACAGGCUACCUCUCUCUGCUUCAAGUGGCAACUUUUAAAGGUUGGAUGGACAUAAUGUAUGCUGCUGUGGACUCAAGAGAGGUUGAGGAGCAACCAUCCUACGAAAUCAAUCUUUACAUGUACAUCUAUUUUGUGAUCUUCAUCAUCUUUGGUUCCUUCUUCACCCUAAACCUUUUCAUCGGUGUCAUUAUUGACAAUUUCAACCAACAAAAGAAAAAGUUUGGAGACCAAGACAUUUUUAUGACUGAUGAACAGAAAAAAUACUAUGAGGCCAUGAAGAAACUUGGUUCCAAGAAGCCACAAAAGCCAAUUCCACGACCAACGAACCCAGUCCAGGGCAUUGUGUUCGAUUUCAUCAGCCAGCAGUUUUUUGACAUCUUCAUUAUGGUUUUAAUCUGCCUCAAUAUGGUGACCAUGAUGGUGGAAACAGAUGACCAAAGCCCAGAAAAAGAAAAUUUUCUCUUUAAAUUAAACGUGGCCUUCAUUGUUGUCUUCACUGGAGAGUGUGUAUUGAAGCUCUUUGCAUUGCGGCAGUACUUCUUCACCAAUGGAUGGAAUGUUUUUGAUUUCAUUGUGGUCAUCUUGUCAAUAGCUGGUACAAUGCUCUCAGACAUAAUUGAGAAGUAUUUUGUAUCCCCAACUCUCUUCAGAGUGAUCAGACUAGCCAGGAUCGGCAGGAUUCUGCGCCUCAUUAAAGGAGCGAAGGGCAUUCGGACACUUCUCUUUGCCCUAAUGAUGUCCCUUCCUGCCCUGUUCAACAUUGGUCUCCUGCUUUUCCUGAUUAUGUUCAUCUUUUCCAUAUUUGGCAUGUCAAAUUUUGCCUAUGUCAAGAAAGAAGCUGGAAUUGAUGACAUUUUUAACUUUGAGACCUUUGGUGGUAGCAUUAUCUGCUUGUUUCAGAUUACAACAUCUGCUGGUUGGGAUGGGCUUCUACUUCCAAUGCUGAACAGGGAACCUCCAGACUGUGACCCUGAAUUUGAGAAUCCAGGCACAGAUGUAAAGGGUAACUGUGGAAACCCGGGGAUGGGUAUGAUGUUCUUCUGCAGCUACAUCAUCGUUUCGUUCUUAGUGGUGGUCAACAUGUACAUUGCCAUCAUCCUGGAGAACUUCAAUGUGGCUCAAGAAGAGAGCGGUGACCCACUUUGCGAGGAAGACUUUGAGAUGUUCAACGAAACUUGGGAGAAGUUUGACUUGGAUGGAACAAUGUUUAUUGAGUACAGUCGACUUUCAGAUUUUUGCGACACUUUGCAGGAGCCUCUCAGGGUCGCCAAACCCAAUCGGCUCCGUCUGAUUGGAAUGGAUCUGCCCCUAGUUAUUGGGGAUAGGAUCCACUGCUUGGAUGUUUUAAUGGCUGUUACACAGAUGGUACUGGGAGACACAGUGGAGAUGGCAGCAAUGCGGGAUAGCAUUGAGGCUAAGUUCAUUCUUAGCAACCCCACAAAAGACUCCUUUGCACCAAUUACCACAACGGUACGCCACAAGGAAGAGCAACAAGCUGCUGUGGUCCUUCAACGAGCUUAUCGUAAUCAUCUUCUGAAGCGCUGCAUACGCCAUGCUGCUUUCAUGCACCGAUUGAAGAGGAUUGGGAGAAAUUACAACGAUGAUGAUCCACCUGAAAAAGAGGGGCUCCUUGCGCGAAGACUGGGAGUUCUCUAUGUUAGUAAUAUAGACCUUACUGAUGAAAUGGAGCUUGAGGUUUUAGAAUCUCUGACAAGCCAAGAACCUUUUAAUACAGACUCAGAAAGGGCCCACUGUCAUCAGGAGCCUCCUGUGCAGAAUAUGAUUGUGGUUCCUGCUGAAAUAACCAGUCAGGAGUUAUUGCAUUCUGCCCCUUAUCAACAUCCCUUCACCUUACAAGCAAAUCUGAGAGAGCCACUUGUAUGACAAACUGAUGAAGUAGGUGUUUCCCCCUAUUUUAUAUCAAUGAACAAAGCAACAAUAUUGACACAAAUGUUCACAAAUUUCCCACUUUAUGAAUACUUAGGACACCUUAGACCUUUCUGCUACCUACCACUUAAACGCUGGUUCUGGUUUAUUGAAGACCUGUCAUAUUCAGGUUAAAAACACAACUGAAGUUUCUUGUGACAAUAAUCAGUGAAGGAAAAAAUAAAGUCAUUCAAAAUUAAGUUCCGAACAUCUAAAGGAAAUCAACAAUUUUAGUAAAUGUAUCUUUACCUUUAGACUUCAAAUAUUUUCAGAGUUAUCUCUGUAGAGUGAUACUAGUCUGGACCAUAAGUCUCACAUUUAAUUAUAUUAAAUAAUUUUAAAUCUUAAAAAGCUGUGGUUUAAAUGACCAGGAUUGUGCCCCACGGUGUGGUCUCAAUACCAAGUUUAAGGUAUUGAAGUUAUUUUCCAUAUCAAAUUUAACUCUAAGAUUGUUCAAAUCAUGUUUUCAUAGAAAGUUUAAAACUGCAGUCAUGAAUGGAUGAAAUGAUUCAAUCAUUAUUAAGGCUGUUUUGCUUUUCUUUAAGCCCCUAUUUAGCUAUCUUCUUUGCAAUACUUGCAUACCCAGAAAUAGUUAAGUCCCCUAAAUCUUAAUGUUUAUUCCCACCACUGUCUGAAACAUCAGACUUUCUAAGUUUGACAUUCAGCAACAUUUAACAUUCAGCAACUCUUAAGGUUCAUACUCUUGCCUUAAAAUAACACAAGACAACUUCAGUGUGAGAACUGCAAAUGUCCAAUAGUUGACAGAUCCAUAAUUUUCCUGCCUAGAAUAAAGGGGAUCAUUGCAUUGUUUCAGAUUGGAAGUUUUAAUUUUACAAGAUUCUGGUCAUCAGAAUCUACAAGAAAAAUCUCAAAUUCUUUUGUAUAUUUUUAAAUUAAUAUAUAAGGGAAAAGUAAGGUAUGCACUAUUUAAAUUCUUUACAUGUCGAACUUAUUACAGUUAUCUUAAACUAAAAAGAAAAAUGUUUUUUUAAAUUCUUCAGACAUAUGCAUCUGUCUUAUAAAAUGCUGUAUUGCGAUUGAUCUGUACUUAUCUAAAAAGCAAUUGAACUUAUGGCAGGAUAAAGGUUUAGACACUGUAAUUUUGAUGUUAGCUAUGUCUAUACAGUGUUUAAACUACUAUUCAUUUAAACCCAUUCAGUGUUUAUGAGCAAUGCUUUUAUGAAGAUACUUUAGUAUCUGUUGUACAUUUGUAAAUACCCUCAGCUGCAGACUUUGUCUAUAAAACUUGAUCAUUUUAGAGUUAUGAAACCUUUUAUGCAAAACAUGCAGUCGAUGGCUUAGUCAAAUUUUGACUCUAAAAUUAAAAGAAUACAUCGGUUAAAAAUUACAGCCACAGAGAAAUAUAUGUAAAUAUUAGAAACACUAAAAUUAAGAUCUGAGCAAAGGUCUUCAGCUUCCCUUUAUUGUUUUGUUUUUUUUCUUCAAAUGAAAAGGAGAAACUUUCAUAUAAUUUUUCUAAAAGUGGUCUUGAUAAAUGGUUUUCCUGACCUUUUGCCAUGCUAAGUCCAAAUCUAAAAAUUUUAUGUAUUUGUCUGUGUCUUUAAAGGAUCUGUCCUCAUGUCUGUCCUAAUGUGAAAAGGUCACUUGUGUAAGUCUUAACUGAGUUUCAAAUGUCUUACCGCAAACAUUUGUCUCUGUGCAGAAAUGUUAGGCACUGUGAGUAAAGUACUGCUGUAAAUAAUUUUUAUUCAACACAUAAAAUACAAAAAAAUUCCAUUGUAACAAAAAAAAAAAAAACAA